AUGGGCGACCACGUCCUCUUCUGCUAUGGAACCCUGAUGGCACCCCAAAUGCUGCACCGUGUAAUUCACGGCAGCCCCGAUCCCGAGCCAUGGCAAAAAGCGCUCGUCCGCUUCCAGCCCGGCAUACUGCAUGGCCACCGGCGCCAUCGAGUGCGGGGUGCGGACUACCCGGGGAUCGUGCCUGAGAGCGAAACCGAGUCCUCGGAGCCUGGGACGAAGACAUCCGUGCUGGGUGUACUGAUCUAUGGGCUCACAGAUGGGGAUAUAUAUCGCCUGGACAAGUACGAGGGUAGCGAGUACAUAAAGAAAACUGUCACGAUCCGCACCCUGUGCGCAUUAGCGCAUGAGGAUGGUGAGACAAGGUCUACUUCGGAACGGCACCUACGGGAUAUGUUAGGUGCAGCCGGAUCGCAUGUUGCUGAUGAAGGCGAUGAAGUGACUGCGGCUACGUAUGUUUGGGUUGCGGGCCGGGACAGGCUGGAGGAGACGGAAUGGGACUUCGAAACGUUUAAGCGGGAUAAGCUGGCGUGGUGGGUUGGGGCAAAAGAAAGCGAAUGGUAA